AUGACACACAAUCCAGCUAGCUCGCAACGUCCAUCUCGUGCCGAUCCUUCACGCAAACAAACGCUCGCGGAUCCGGAUCGGCGCACCGUCAGCCCGGCAGGUGCAGCUCCUUCCAUCGACAGACCCGCCCAGCACUCUGCACGGCACGUUGCAAGUCCACCGCCAGGACAAUACACGAACUAUCCAUCUGGCUUUCACAACGUCCCGCCAUCACACCAUCAUCCCGGGCAGCAAGCCGGCUCUGGGUUCCCCGGCUACGGCUCAUCAGGCCCAGUCGACGGCUACGGCUACGCAGGUCCUCCCUAUCAUUCGAGCCGUCCCAGUGUUGACUCGCAUCACUUCGCACGGCUACCACCUGGUCGCGCCAACUCGCAAAGCUCUGGAUCCGGCUCUGCGCCCUCUUCACACGACGUCAUGACCGGUUCGCAUUAUCCGUGCCACUACUCUCCUUCGUAUCCUGCUGCGAGUUCUAAUCCUUCCGUUGGUCACGCAGCGGGACGCACGAGAUGGGCCUGGGUCCCGAUCGAAGUUCCACAAGCUCAUCUUCCCGAUGAUGCCCAUCUGCAGUAUGCUCCCUAUCCUGGAGCUUUCUAUCCAUCUCCAACUGUUUCGGCCUCGACCAACUCUUCGUCUUCCCACCAAUCGUUUCAACAGCCCUACAGCGAAGGCUCGCAUCCAGGCGCGACACCCUACGGCAUCCAGGCCUCGUCCAACUUCACGCCCUCGUAUCCAUACCACCCGCAUCCAGGCCACUACGGACCGCCACCUGGCCACACCUCACAUUCUCAAGGCGGGGCACCUUGUCGAGGCUCCUUGUCUGGAUCUGCCCAAGGCGGCAUGCCCUCAAUCGGUGCACCUCGCGACAGCCUUUCCGGAGGUGGCGGCCGUCGCCAGUCGAACCAGUCUGGUCGACCCGGUAACUCAUCACGCAAGACUAGCUCCAACUCGUCUGGCAACAACUCGUCGCCGCACCGAGGUGUUGCACCCUUGCCUCGUCGCCCACCAGUAUCUGCGUUCGACAAUGAGUCUGGUCCAGCAGAUUCUAACACGCUCUCAUCUCAGCCGCUCGACCUGGUCGGAGAGGAAGUUGCGCUGGAAGGUGCAGUUUUAGGCGCCGACAUUGACGCUGAAACCAACGCUCUCAGUGAUGUGACUGCCGCCGAACGGGUCCCGGGCGCCGGGUUGCGGCCCCACUACCACCCACAGCAAGGACCUCGCUCCGACUUCGUUCUUUGGUGUGGCAACGUACCUCAGAAUGCCACCGUGGACGAGCUUUGGGAGGUCUUUUCGCGUCUCACUCCCGACGAGUACCGUUACUGGCAGAGCUCCGCCGAAGCACAGAAGCAAGCUGGUGACGUGCUCGCCGAACCGGACGUGGAAGGUCACGGUGUUUUGUCCAUUUUCCUCAUCUCGCGCAGCAACUGUGCCUUCAUCAACUACGCCAGCCCAGCCCACUUGGACCGCGCAGUCAAGUUCUUCCAUGGCAAGCAAGUGCGACCACACGAUCCACGAUGCCCCAAACUUGUGUGCCGAGUGCGCAAGAAGGAUGGCGAGGCGCAAGCAGGUGUUGCUGGUCAGCGUGGCCGCGGUAUCCAUGUCAACUGGCUCAAGCAACAGCGUGAGCAGGAGCGAACCGAGUUGGCUACUGGUGAGGCUCGUCUCAAUGAUUCAAUGUCUCCUAGCUCGUCGACCCGAGUCUCGACAGAACCAAUGUCGCCGUCACGAAAGGAGACAGCUCAGGUGACUUCCGGACUUGCCAUGGCAGGUUCGUACAGCUCGAGCGGCUCUGCAUCCUACACAUCCACCAACUCUUCCCUCUUCCGACACCCUGCCUUCCGCCACCGUUACUUCAUUCUCAAGAGUCGUCGCGCCGACGAUCUCGACAGAUCCAUCGAGACGGGCUACUGGGCUACCCAGCCGCAUAACGAGAACGUGCUCGAUCAGGCUUACCGCAACAGUGAGACUGUCUUCCUCAUCUUUGGUGUCAAUCAGACGGGCGAGUUCUACGGAUACGCCAAGAUGGCUGGACCUAUUCACACAUCGACGAAUGACGGCAAGGGCAAAGACGAGCAGCGACGACGUGAAAGUCUCUCUUCCAUUCUUUCGGCUACGUCCGGCAACCUGCCCCCAUCGACCAUUCACGAGGCUGCUGACGAGAAUGCCUCUGACACAGGUGCUGGUGACUCAUCGGCGGCCAGCCCCACUUCCGAUGCAAGCACAAAGCGAGGUCAUCUCAAGUUGGACAAACGCGACUUCGACACCGCCAAAGGCUUGUUCGGCGCCCUCUCAGUCGAUGGGGUUAUCGAUCCGUCCCAUCCUCUCGCCAUGAUGUCCCCACUUCCGCUUUCCCCUUCUUUGGAAGAGGCUGAUGCCUUCGCAAGUGCAGUGUCACCUCAGCGUGAGGACACCAUCACCCCACGCCUCGCCGGAUCCAUCGCACAGUCCAGCACCUGGCCGUACACAGCUACUCGGGGCACCGCCUCCGAGGCUGAUUCGAGCGAGCGUCCCAAGCUAGCUUCGACGCUUUCUGCAGAUAGACCAGCUUCGCGUGCCACGGCCGAGCCAGACAAGCACGGCAUUAGUCGUAUGGACAUGGCGACAGAGUCGACACAGACCACUUCGAGCCAGAACGACCCACCUUCGCUUGGACCGAGCGACUCAGUUUCCUGGUCAUCAGCCGACCCACGCAUGGCUGAGCAGAUCGCAUUGCGUGCAGUGAUUCACAAUCUUCGUCUCGAUGAGAUGGAGUCACGCGGACAGGCCGAGCAGCUCGAGAGCCAGCUCCGCACGGAUUCAAAUGGCACUGAUGCUACGGUCACAGUCAAGAAGUCGGGACAAGAAGGCGCGACCGAGGAGCGCGACACGCGAACGCCACCAUGUCAGUGUUCGUCCGACUCGUGGGGCAAGCCUUUCCGUGUCGAAUGGAUCCGCACCGACCCGCUGCCGUUCCAGUGGGUCAAGAAGUUGCGCAACCCCUGGCGCGACAACCGACAGGUCAAGGUGUCUCGCGACGGUACCGAACUCGAACCCGGCGUCGGACGACAACUGCUGGAAGAAUGGAACAAGCUCCAUUGCGCUGCUUCUGUAGACAGCACUAGGGCAAGCAAGGAUGCUCCUCAUCCUACCGUUGCUGCCCAACAUACAGCAAGUGAGGAAGACGAGUGA